CAGCCCUGGAUUCAAUACUCCUGAUCAAUGGACAGAGCCUCCUCAGCGGCCAGCAGCGCUACAGACACGCCGUAAACAACUCUUUUUCUCUGGCUGGAGCUCCUCUGGGGGCCUGGAGGAGGAUGGAGCGAGGAGGGGAGAGUCCCAUCACCCAGGAUAGCCCCGAGCGGAGGGGAGGCAGCCCGGAUCUGAGCGGCCUCCCACCACCGGGGAAGAAGGGCCGGUUGGAGCUCAAUGGGAGCCCCACCGGGCCCCGCAUACGCCACAAUGGAGCCCCACUGAGACCCCUAGGAGGUCUGAUGAUUCCAGUCUUCUGUGUGGUGGAGCAGUCAGAUGGAGGGAUUCAGACGGAGGGAUGUGAGGGGAGAGAGGAGCAUGCAGAGUUUGUGCUGGUCAGGAAGGAUAUUCUCUUCUCUCAGCUGGUGGAGACGGCUCUGCUGGCCCUCGGAUACUCCCACAGCUCAGCUGCACAAGCCCAUGGCAUCAUCAAGGUGGGAAGGUGGAACCCUCUGCCCAUCCACUUCCUGACUGACGCUCCAGAAGCAACAGUGGCUGACAUGCUGAUGGAGGUCUACCACAUGGUCACACUACGCAUCCAACUACAAAGUUUUUCAAAGCUGGAGGACCUGCCCUGUGAACAGUGGAACCAUGCAACUGUCAGGAAUGCUCUCAAAGAGCUGCUGAAGGAAAUGAACCAAAGCACUCUGGCCAAAGAGUGUCCACUGUCACAGAGUAUGAUUUCCUCCAUUGUGAAUAGUUCCUACUAUGCCAACGUCUCCACUGCCAAGUGCCAGGAGUUUGGUCGCUGGUACAAGAAGUACAAGAAAAUCAAAGUAGAUUAUCUGGAGAAGAUGUGGUCUGGACGAGAUCCUGCUGACAUAAAAAUAGAGAGAGACAACAUGGCGGACUUCUGUGUGCUGGGCCAGAGACCUCCUCCUCACUUGACAGGCCUGGCCCAGCUCAGUCACCUGGGAGCCAGCAGUCCCCUCCUAAAGGCAGGAUCUGGAGACCCCCAGGCGCCCUCCCAGCCACCUCAGCAGCCUCCUCUUCCCCAGCAACAGCCUUCACCCCACGGCCCCCUCCACCACAGCCCUCCUCUCCGUACGGGCCAGGUGCCUCCUCCGCCCCCUCCACCCCCGCCUGGUGCCCUUCAGCCCCUGCUGGGACCAGGUGGGCUGCUCUCCCCUCAGCUCUCCCCGCAGCUGGUACGUCAACAGCUCGCCAUGGCCCACCUCAUCAACCAACAGCUAGCUGUUAGCCGCCUGCUGGCCCACCAGCAUCCCCAGGCCCUCAACCAGCAGUUCCUCAACCACCCGCCCAUCCCUCGGGGUUCAUCCAAAGCUGGCGGCGACCAUCCUGGGAGCAACCCCUCGGCCGCUGAGGUCUCCUCUGAAAUCUACCAGCAGGUCAGAGAUGAGCUGAAGAGAGCUAGUGUCUCCCAGGCCGUGUUCGCCCGUGUGGCUUUCAACCGCACACAGGGCCUGCUGUCAGAGAUCCUGAGGAAGGAGGAGGACCCUCGCACCGCCUCGCAAUCCCUGCUGGUGAAUCUAAAAGCAAUGCAGAACUUCCUCAAUCUGCCGGAGAGCGAGAGAGACCGAAUCUACCAGGAGGAGAGAGAGCGCACCAUGAACCCUUCAGUCGGCCUUCCUGCCUCCAACUCCUCAAACCCCGGUGCUCCACGCCUCUCACAGAAAGUGUGGGAGAGGAGCUUGGAUGACCAGAUAACCCCUGAUACCUGGGCCUCCAUCUGGAAGAACAAGACUAAGAUCUCCAACUCACCAAAGCCUUCUGGCCCGGCCCAGGACCUCCCGCUGAAGCUGGAAUCACUGGUCAACAUUACGUCAGGCAUCUAUGACGAAAUUCAGCAGGAGAUGAAGAGAGCCAAGGUGUCCCAAGCUCUGUUCGCAAAGGUGGCCGCCAACAAGAGCCAGGGUUGGCUGUGCGAGUUGCUCCGGUGGAAAGAGAACCCCAGCCCAGAGAACCGCACUCUGUGGGAAAACCUGUGCACCAUCCGGAGGUUUCUGACGCUGCCGCAGGCUGACAGAGACCUGGCGUACGAGGAGGAGUCCAGACACCAUCACACAGAGAGACUGCACACCGUCCUCCACCUGCCACAGGACACACAGGCACUCCACAGACCACCCCCAGCUCCGAUGAAGGAGCACCGCCUGUCUCCAAUGCGUGAGGAGCCAUUACCUGCCCCGGUGAAUGAGGAGGGGUCACAGAAUGUGGGGGCAGGGGCUGCAGGUGGAUGUCAGCCAGGCAAUGUUGGCAGUGCCGGGAGUAACAAGAAGCCACGAUCACGCACUAAGAUUUCCCUGGAGGCCUUGGGUAUCCUGCAGAGCUUCAUCCAAGAUGUCGGCCUGUAUCCAGACCAGGAGGCCAUCCACACCUUGUCGGCACAGCUUGACCUGCCCAAGCACACCAUCAUCAAGUUCUUCCAGAACCAGCGCUACCAUGUCAAGCACCACGGCCGCCUCAAGGAGCUGAGUGAGGGAGCUGCAGCCAGCGGAGGUGUGGAUGUCAGUGAAUACCGGGAAGAGGAGUUGCUUUCGGGCUCAGAGGACCCAGAGUCCAGUGAGGACGGAGCUGAGGAGAUCUACCAGUCCACAGAGGGGAGUGGUGGGAACCAGCCCCCAGCCUCAUCCAGCUCCAACUCCAACCAGUUGUCCUCGGGGACCAACAUGGCUCAGGAGGAGGGCAAGGACAAGGGGCACGGCCGGCCUGGUGGCCCCCUGGCUCCAGGGAGCUCCUCAUCCAGUCCCAGAGAGCAGGCUGACUACCAGAGGUAGAGACUGACAGAGAGGAGAGGAUGGAGAAGAAGAGAGAGGGAGAGGAAACAAGAUAAAGAAAGAGUCUAUGAUAAUGAAAUGAGGAACUGAUAAUGAAUUGAUAAAUGGAGUGCGGCUGUAUAGAAACUGUGAGAGAUAAAUGUCUACGUAGGCACACAUUAAUCAAGAAAACAAUGGGCUGAAAUACUGUCCAUCGCUGAACUGACCACACACUCUUUAUCAUGACAGUCUCAUAAAUCUCAGACAAACAUCUGUGAAAACCUGUUUUUUAGAGUGACAGCUGUAAUUUACCUCAGCAGAAGACAGCAGGUUUGCAGUGUGCUGUGACACGGCAGUGAUUGUGUAUAUGUUAAUGGUUUUUUCCAGCAGGAACAUUUAAAUAAGUCAGUCACAAACUCUCAUUAAAAAGGUUGCUGCUCAUGCCUUCAACACACAAAUAGACACAAAAAUCUUUACAACCAAAAUUAGCGCAGGACUCUCUCCUAAUCAGCCAAUCUCCAGCAAAAGGCACUCCAGAAGAACUGUUCUCCUCCUCUGUCUCUAAAGUCUGAGCACAGUCACAUAGGACAUACUCCCUACAUGCUGGGUUGAAUUCACCCCGCUGAGUGACAUUUAUGGACUGGAUCCUGGGGCCUUCUGAGACCUCUACAAUCCUAUAAAUCCUCAGGACACACACUGAUGUUGCUAAUGCUGUCGCCUGCCUGAGAACUCGGAUGGACGGCGGUCGCUGUUCACCUUCGUUUAAUUUGCGGGGAUAAAAGAAAUGACCACCCCCCAGAUGCUGCCCUCGCCUCACCAUCACACUCCAGAAUCACUACCAGUCCUAUGAAGCACUUAUUGUUCACAAAGAUAUUUUGUGGAUGUGUUGUACUCUUGCCUCCCGCCGCUCCGUACCUCCUCUCGAUGGCUCACAAAAAAACGGUGAGGGUUGAAAAAUGACUCAUGAGAGGAGCAGCGGACAGUUUUGCAAGAGGACCGACAUCAAGAGGAUGUGGCGUGGAGGGACACUCGGGCCUGUGUACCCACGACUCUGAACCCUUUCUGGCUCCACCCGCGUCUGUGUGGCGAGAAAAAUGUCAAGAAAGGAAGGACAGAGCAGAGAUUCAGCAACCAAACAAUCAGUCACUUUAUGUGCGGUAGUCCAUCCCUUCCACUCUCCCUCUCCAUCUCACUCUCCCCCUUUUCCUCUCUCUAAUUGGUGCCCACAGUCUUGUGUUUCACCACACCUACCCGCACUUAAACUUCACCAACCCUAUUUAUUGCUAUCUUUAUCCAUGAUUAUUAUUAUCAUUAUUGUUAUUAUUGUUGUUAUUAUGGUUAGAAUUGCAGUCAUUGCGUGCUAUUUUUAGUUUUUAUUUCCAUGGUUUUAAAUAUUGGUUUUCGGAACAGGGCGGUUAUUUGGAUAACAAGAGACAUUAAGAGCGCUCUGCCCUAAAAGAAGGGGAAGACAAGGAGUGAAAGAAAAUGAAAAGAAGCAGUUACUGAGUGUUAUUGGGUUAAAGAAAAGUCCUGUCAUGUUGUAUUAUUUUUAUAGUUUGGUUUCCCAAAAGUAGUAAAUGAGAUUUGGUGAAAAGAGAAAUAGUAAAAUAAGAAAGCGAAACUGUGCUUUUUUGCUGCAGUUGAUGACAAUCUACUUUUUUGAGCCAUUACAGAAAUGUGGCAAGUUUGACUCUAUUCUUCACUUUUAAUGUCUGUAAAUACCCAAAAUGGGAUAAAUUGUUAUUGAUAUACAUCUAUUUUUUAUUUUGCUGAGUGACUUUAGGUGUUUGAGCCAGUUUGGAGUGCCAGAAGAGUGCUGUCUUUUUUUUUUUUUUUUUUUUUUGGUUGUUUGUAUUUUGUUUUGUGUCUUUUUGGACAACUCAGUGAAAUCAGUUCAUUUCAUUGUGCCAGGCAAAUCCAAUCACAAGAGUAUUUAAAAAGAAUUCAAACUGUUUUUUGUUUUUUUUUUGUUCAAUGUCUGGUGCAGUUGUGUAAAAAUAUGUGUUCAAAACAAUAUCUGAGAGCUGAUAGUCUCUUGUUUGACCGUCUUGAUUGGCUGCUACACUCAACCAGAUGACCUGCCUUUUAAUUAUUACGUCGAUCACUCCGUAUGAUAUUAUUGUGCUUUUCUGUAUGACAGGAAUCAGGGUUAGACUCAAACGCAGUUCCAAUGAAAUCUCAG